GUUUGUUAUCGUCUCGGCAUAUCGUAUCGUUUGGUGUUUGUUUGUUACUGUAGUUGAGUAAGGGUUUCUUAGCAAACUAAAUUAAAGAAAUAUUAACCAUGAAUAAAAGUGUAGAUUGUAUAAAAUCUGGACCCAAUGAAAGUACAACCAAGGACAAUAAUUCUGUAAAAACAAAAGGAAAACUUCGCGGGAAAAAACGAAAACGCCCGUGUAGUGAAACAAGCAGUGAACCCAGCAGUGAGCAUGAUGUUGAAUUACCAGAGAAUGCUGCGGAUGUGGACAGAAGUCUUCAUGCAGUCGCCUUAAAAAAUAACCUAGAUGAAACAAGUGUUAGGAAAAUUAUUAAGAAAGUGGUGACAAAUGAUCGUGUGCUGGCGUUGGUGAAGAUGCGAGAAGAAGAAGACUCUGGACCUGAGGAGAGACCGAAACUGACAAGAGCAAAAGUCAAGGAACUCAUGAAAGUGUCCCCUAAGACAACAACAGCUUGGAACUUGGAGAAUUUGGAGCUGACUCCGAUCAAGCACAUUCCUGUGAAGACCAGGCCGGAGGUGAAGGCUCUUAUUGCUCAGGAGUUGCCAGAAGAUGAAGACGAUGAGGAAUAUGAGCCCACUCAUGACGAUGUGCCGAGUGAUGACGAUCAAGGUUUGGAGUCAUGCAGUGACCUGGACUCCCAGCCAAGGACUCCAGCGACACCGCGAAGCCAACAUGCUGCAAGUCCCAAAGUUGUCAAAGAUGGACCCUUCAAAGUACCACAGGAAAUAACAACUCCUGUCCGAAGAAAAUUGGACUUAGAGGAAGAGGCAACAAUAGCACUCCGCACUCGUUCCAAACUCAGUCUGUCCUCCACGUCCAUAGAGCAUAUAGAGAGAAACUUCGUCCCUCCCGACGAUAUCCCAAUGCCGGCAGUGGACGACCUUUGGAACCAGUUCUUAAAUGAGUGCCUAAAUCCAGCAUCUACCUCGAAGCACGAAGACGAUGAUGAGACUGAUCCCGAGUAUAAUGUCGCCGCUGAUCCGGAUGCGCAAGACGAAGAUGAGGAAUCGUUAGGAAAGAGUAUAAUAAAGAUAUCUAAGAAGGAGCUGAACGACUUGAUCACUGAGCUGUUCAAUGUGAUGCCCGAGUCUACAGGGGACGAGGCACUCAUGGCCGACAACCUCAGUAACAGUGUCUUCACUGACAAUAGUCAGACAGAGGUAUCCGGACGUUGGGAAGGCAAAAAAGAGCCACAUUCCGAUGACGAGACUGGAAAACGGCAGAAGCUAUCUGAAAAGAUCACUUUUGAGAAGAAAAAUUAUAGUAAAGGGUCCGGAGAGGAAGUGGAGAUACCGAUACUGUCUGCCAGCGCUCCACUACUGUUGAGGAAAAACGUCAAGAUGGUCCAGAAGACGGAGGUUAUACAGAUACAAAUCCAGCCUGGAGAGUGUAUCCUGCCGGAGCAGCUUCAGAUAGUGCAGCAACAGUUGCGUCAGCACGUGCAGCUGGCCACCUCCAACUUCCUGCAGCUGUACGUGCAUCCCAUACACUGGGAGUACGCCGCCAAGUACAGGGAGUAUCUGGAAACAUUUUCAAAGAUGGUGGAUGCGAACCCCAAGUCGGUAGCCAACGUGUGCAACUUGAAGCCAGCUUUAGAGUUAGUCAACACGUGGCAGACCACCAUGUCGGAAAACACGCCUGAAAACAGGGAGAUGAUUGAAUUCAUUCAAAAUCAAUGCGAUAGAAACCGCCAUCGUGGGCUAAACAAGAAGUUUUACGUGGGCGAAUUUCACGAGACGUUCCUAAAGGUGGUGGCCAACAGUCCGGUGUUCCUGUACCCGUACUUACUGCCCGCCAUGCCGUUCCGCGGAGACCUCACGUCCAAGCGGUUCUGUUACCUCUACUCGGAGGACGCAUUGAUAGCGCUCGGGCUGCAACAGUUCUACGAGUACGUAAAGAGCAGCGUGGCGCGUCGGGCGGGGCGCGCGGGGCUGGCCGCCGCGCUGCGACUGCUGGCGCGGCAUCUGCUGCCCUGGCUGCCUCCCUCGCAGAUCCUCGCCCACAUCAACCACAUACGCCGCUCCAAGGAUAAGGAUAAUCCUAUAUAUCAAUACCUAACGACGGGCACGGUCCGUCCAGUUCAGCACAAGUUGCUCUCGUUCAGCCCGCAGAUGUCGCUGUACGAGCAUCCGGAGCACGAAGUCCCGCGUAUCUGGCUGCGGUACCUCGCCAAGACUAGUAAGCGGUUCCGGAGUUAUUUGAUGAAACGAACGCAUAGCACAGGAGUGCCGGCUAAAGGAAUCGAAAUAAACAUAGGACAAGUAUUAAAUCCGCCCGCUAAGAACCCUCUACCGAUAGGUUUUACGAACAAAAUAGUCACCAACUGUGCAGUGAAUGAAACGACGCCAACGCCACAACCGGAGAAAUUCGACAUACAAAUAACGCAGAAUUCUGAACAACCAAAACUGUACAAUCAUCUAUAUAAGUUCGUGGAGACUAGUACAGGACCCUACCUUGUCCUUAUGCCUUCGACAACACACACUUAUACGGUGAACACUAUACAAUCAAUCAUAACUACAGCCGAAACCAACCCUAAUGUCACUACAGAACCUUCUAGAACUUCACAAACGACUGUGGUUACUGACCACUGUACGUGUUGCAUUCUGUUAAGAAAAAUCUGCAAAGAAAAACAGACUCUAAUAACAGAUUUCUUUGGCAAGAAAAUACAAACUAAAUGUGGUUGUAAGGAGAAGAGAUUGCCAAGGAUAAGUAAUAAGUUGAAAUUGCUUGUGAAUGGUAUGAAGUUCACGCGUACAAGCGCAAUGCAAAUGCUUCAGAACAAAUUACAAAGUUUGUUGCGUGCCAAAGAUAGUAAUGUAAGACUUGAAAGUGAUUGUAAUGAUUUAGAUGAUAUCGUUUCUGUAACCAAGUUUCAAUUGAACUUUUUAAUACGGACCUCAAUGGCCCGCAACCCAAGCAUAAAAAGAAAGAUCUACAAGCUUCUUCAAACCUUCAAUUUACACGAACACGAUCCCGUACAACUAGCCCUUAAUUUAGAUAAGGUCUUCGGAAACGAAUUAGUUGACCUCUACAAAGAAUUCAUCGGCUUCCUGACACCCGAACAGGCUGAUAAAAUCGAUGCAUUCAAAGAUUAUUUCAUUUGUAACUGUCUGACGAAAUUGGUUGAGAAAGUUGAGGAACAAGUUGUAGACUUGGCGAGAAGACAUAUUAUUUUGACAGAGAUACACAAAGUAUUCGUAAAGAACUUGUCGACAGCGUGCGAGCUGUGUACCGGGAUACUAAACACUGUGCACGGAUACCCGGGUCUAGCGAGAUAUAUAUACUCUCUGUUUCCACAUCGGCAGGGCAGGUUUGAGGAGCCAACAUUACCAGCUCAAAAUAAUCCCUCUCUACCAACGAAUUCAAAGGCGCAGGAGACGAUGUGCGAAGACAGCGUUGUCGCGGAGGAAACGACCACUAACUACGAGGCUGACCAGUCUAUGAGUGACGAAAGCGACAUUGGCGACAGCAGACGCGGCGCCGAAUCACACAUUCGGCAUCUACCUAUUAAAACGGUAAGAAAGGUCCCCACCCAUGAAACCUGGGUAGUGGUGGCUUUGGCAGAAGCAGGCGAAAAAGACGAUGUUGAUAACGAUGAAUUUAGGGAGUGGAGUAGCAGUGACGACGAAAAUGAAAAUGUCAACAUCAACGAUGACAAUGAAGAAGAUUUUUGA